CCAUCCGCGACAGCGGCAAACAAGCCUGCGAAUGUGCGAACGCAGAACGCCUGUGACGCAUGCCGAAUCAGCAAAUCGAAAUGCGACGGCGGUGUCCCUUGCGGACGCUGUCAAAGUAAGCAGCUGGCGUGUACUUCGUCCCGCCCCCACCCAAAGGCCAUGGGCCCGAUUUCAGGAGAACACGUGGCGACGCUCCAGGCGCAGCAACGGCGACUCACCCUCGCGGUGUCUGCAAUGGCCUCGGUGAUCAAGCAAGCCGAGUCGCGCGGCUUCGUCGAAGACGACAGUAAGAGCGGUGCCACGGUCGCGCCGCUGUCAUCUACGGAGAUGGCACAGACCUUGCAAAGAUUUGCGCCCGAAGACUCAAUAGCCGCCACAGUAGAUCCUCCCCCGGGAAACCUUGACUCGGAGUCUAAGAAGCGCAAACUCUGCGCGAGCAAUGGUCCGACUUUCGACAGCGACAUCCAAAUGGCGGACUACUCACAAUCGGGAGGUUCGGCGAAAGAUCCGCAUCCCUUUGAGAAAUUCGUCACGACAGUACAACGGCGCAGUAUCGGCAAUCCCAUGUCAGCGAAUCCCGUCUCGACAGCUGCGAACCAGCCUUUCUCCGUCGCCAAUGAAGGACUCGAUAUGAUGGACUCGUCCGUACCGGCCUUUGAGUUUCAUCCACAGCUCGCACCCUUUGUGGAUUUGAUCGAUUGGGAUGCAAGCUUGGAGCAUUUCCUUGACACUCAGUCCGAUGGAGAGAAUUCUGACUGGGCAAAGCUCGAUGCCUUUAAUGUUCCCGACACGACAUCUUGA